AUAAAACCACAUAAAAAUUCAGGUCACUCUUGUUUACUUUCACUAUAGAAUAAACGCAGAAAGAUGAAGAGUUAUUAUUUUUAGUCAUUUUUUUACAUCUUCCAUACAAAGUGAUCUAGGAUAAUUUAUUUACUGGCAUUACUAACGAUAAAGCUGAUUCAGUGUACAGUGAUAGACAUUGACUAUUUCAUACUUGAGUUUUACGUUAAUGGUAGUACGGCUCAGCUCCUCAGCUUGCAGUUUGUUGUAGUUCAUAAUUAUUGCAAUUUGCAAUGCAAUAAUAUAAAAUAAAAUUGCGUCAAGCAGUUGCAGAUACACAAUACCUUAUCACUACUUCAGUUUAGUAAUCAUUCUGCCUUCCUUCCUUCACUUUUGUGAUAUAAUGUAAUCGACCAAUUGAUGAAUCAACAAGGAUGAUAAAAUUUGUUCCGUGUUCCUUGUUAAUUAUUAAUUAAUCGAACGUUAAAAUACUGCGUCCAUAUAAUAAAUAAUGACUUGGCUGAGGGAUUGACAAUCAACCACGUGAGGUUCUUCUUAGUGAAAUAUACAUAAAACAUCAAGUAAACAUAGGUUAAUUGAGGCUGGAAGUGAUGUCACAUGAGAACAGUCCCAGUUUUUCGGAGGAGGAGGAGGAGGAAGUCUACGAGUCAAAUCGAAAUCCAGCUGGGGACAUUUCCGGAACGCUGAGCAAGUGGACCAACUACAUUCACGGCUGGCAGGACAGAUUUAUCGUCCUCAAGGACGGAACCCUCUCCUAUUACAAGUGCGAGUCCGAACUCACUUUUGGCUGCAGGGGGGCGAUUUCUAUUCACAAAGCCGCAAUCAAGCCUCAUGAAUUCGACGAACUCAGAUUUGAUGUCUCAGUUAACGAUUGUAUGUGGUAUUUAAGAUGUGUAACCUCAGAAGACAAAACGAGAUGGGUUGAAGGUUUGGAGCGAUACAAGCAAGAGUCAGGAUAUGGAAGUCAAACUAGCUUAAAACGGCACGGAAGCGCAGUAUCAAUCUCGUCCACUACAUUGUCGACCACGUCGGCCUCGAGCGUUUUGAAAGAUCGAGGAUUGAAAGUCAAAGUGGCUGAAUUGGAGACUUAUCGGGAUAUUUUAAUCCAGCAAAUUGACACACUUCAGAAAUAUUUUGACGUGUGUUCCCUGGGGUCUGUUCCCCAGGAGGAUUCCACUACGUUUCCAGCACUCUUUUCGGAUGACCUCGAUACACCGACUCCAACAGCUCCAGAGAACGACAAUCCGUUUUUUAAUUCCGUCAAGUCAGAUAAAAAACUCUCUGAAGCUUGUUCACACACAGGAUUACGUAUAGUAGACUUUCGAGGGGAAGCCCUAACAUUUAAGGCAACCACAUCAGCAAUAUUGUCGUCAUUGUCAAAUUGCAUUGAUAUCAUGUCUCAACGCGAAGAAGUAUGGAGAAAAAGGACUACGAAAGAAAUCGAAAAAAGGAAGAAAUUAGAAGAGUAUUUUAAACAAGCAUUAAAGGAAGCAAAGGAAUCUAAGAAAACCGUGGUAAUGGGAGGACCUGACUGCGAGGAGGGUCCUCACAGCGCACUCAAAGAAGAUGAGUUUUAUGAUGCGGUCGAACUAGGUUUGGAACGGUUGGAAGCUGAACAAGACUUUAGAGACAGACUAAAAUCCAUUGCUCCCAUAAGUGCUCCCGAGUCCGAAGCUCGAAUGCAUCCAUUAUGGCCAGAGAUUGAACGAGUUUCUCUUGAGCAGUUACACUAUGCAAGACUUGGUGUAGGGGAAGGGGCAUGGGAAUUAUUUGCAGAGGAUGGAGAAAUGAGGAUGUACAGAAGGGAAGAAGAACUCAACGGAAAUGUCGUAGAUCCCCUGAAAGCGGUUCACACCGUGAGAGGAGUCACUGGUCAUGAAAUGUGCCAUUACUUUUUUGACCCUGACGUACGGUUAGAGUGGGAAACUACGGUUGAACAAGUUACCGUUUUAGAAAAUAUUUCGGACGACACAAAAGUAUUCUUGCAAAUCCAUAAAAGAAUUUGGCCUUCAACUCAACGGGAUUCUUUAUUUUGGUCACACAAACGCCAUGUACCUGAUCCUCAGGAUCCAGAUGCACAAAAAAUCUGGAUCGUAUGCAACCAUUCCACGGAGCAUGUAAAUGCACCGGAGAGUACCAAUGGAAAAUUUAUUCGCGUGUUCCUUACUGUAAUAAUGGUGUGUCAAACAGUGGUUAAUCCUCCCAUGGAUGCAUCCAAAAUUACUAGGGACAAUCUUCAAUGCAAGAUUACCUACUGUUCUGUGGUAAAUCCAAAUGGUUGGGCACCACCGUCUGUUUUACGUGCCGUUUAUAAAAGGGAAUAUCCAAGAUUCUUGAAAAAAUUCACAAAAUACGUAAUCGACCGUUGUAAGGACAAGCCCAUCAUGUUUUAGGAUGCCCGGCCGUCAAUAAAAAAACCGAUGAUCGUCAGCCCAAUAUCAUAAAAUAAUGAAGGACAUAUUUAAACUAUAUUCCAAAUUCUACGUUCCGCAUUGUAGUUUUAUUGUUCUAAUACAAUAUAUAUGUAUGUAUUAUUGCUAUCUAAUAAUUAUAUUAAUUUCUAUUAUAUUUCUGAUAUGCCGAAAAUCGUAAACUGGUAAACGUUUCAUCGAAUUGAGCGAUCGAUCACACAUUUUAGUGACCUCGUGUUAUGUACAUUUAUUUUUUCCGCAUCUUCGUGUCAUAAAUAUCUAAUAACUUUCGAAAUUAGAAUGUACGAUUUUUUAAGCAUAUUGAAAUUUACUGUCAGCCACUGUAAACUCAACUUUCGAGAUGAGUUUUGACUGACGAAAUGUUACACAUUAAUUAUAAUUAUCCUUGUUCUAAGUCAUGUAUGUAACAUAUUACCAUUCAUACUAUUAUAGUGAGCUCUGCGUGGAAAUUUGUUAUUCUUAUUUAAAUCUAAAAUAAAAUAUACACAUGUUGCUUCCAACCUGAUGCUGCAUUAUUUUCUGGUGGCGGUGACUUAAAUUGCUAAUUAUUUGACUAUGAGUGGACUGCUUUGAAACUUAUAUUUUAAAUCAGUGAAUAAACAAACGGCUAAAUUGUG